AUAGAUUCUAGAAGAAUAAAAAGCAACGAAGAUACUUGUAUAAAUACUCACUCAUCCUGGAAGUCAGUUUCGUUUUGCAACCAAUGAUGAUGAAUACUAUUACAAGCAAGAUUGUGUAUCUACUAAGCAAUUGCACGUCUCUUAAACACAUACACCAAAUUCAAGCCCAACUCAUCCUCCAAGGCCUAUACUCAAACACCACUAUUGCCCACCACUUCAUCACUGCGUCCCAAUCAUUAGGCGUGUUGGAUUCGGCUCUUGCUCUCUUUACUCAACUACACAGACCCCAUGUUUUCAUUUGCAACACUCUCAUUAGAGCCUUCUCUCACUCUCACAUCCCCCACACCCCUCUCUAUAUAUACACCCACAUGCAUAGAAACUGUAUACUUGCUAAUAAUUAUACCUUCCCUUUCCUCCUCAAGUCCUUGUCUGACUCCCAUGAUCUUAAACAAGCUCAAUGCGUACAUACCCAUGUCGUGAAAUUGGGUCAUCUUUAUGAUAUUUAUGUCCAAAAUUCAUUGUUGGAUGUGUACGCAUCGUGUGGACAAAUGGGGUUAUGUCAUAAAGUGUUUGACGAAAUGACUCAGAGAGAUGUUGUGUCGUGGACGGUUUUGAUUAUGGGGUAUAAGAAUGCUGGGAAAUAUGAUGAUGCUUUGAUGGCUUUUGAGCAAAUGCAAUAUGCAGGCGUGGUGCCAAAUCAUGUUACUAUGGUCAAUGCAUUGGCGGCGUGUGCAAACUUUGGGGCCCUUGAUAUGGGGGUGUGGAUUCAUGAUUUUAUAAAGAGGAGUGGAUGGGAAUUGGAUGUGAUUUUGGGGACUGCUUUGAUUGACAUGUAUGGAAAAUGUGGGAGAAUUGAAGAGGGGUUGUGUGUUUUCGAAAGCAUGAAGGAGAAGAAUGUGUUUACGUGGAAUGCACUUAUCAAAGGACUAGCACUUGCUAAAAGUGGUGAAGAGGCGGUUUUGUGGUUUAAUAGAAUGGAGCUAGAAGGGUUCAAGGCCGAUGAAGUGACUUUGGUUGGAGUGCUUUGUGCUUGUAGUCACUCUGGAUUUGUGGAUACCGGAAGAUGGAUAUUUAAUUCCUUGAUUGGUGGGAAGUAUGGGUUUUCACCCGGUGUUAAACAUUAUGCAUGUAUGGUGGAUCUGUUUGCGCGUGCUGGAUAUCUUGAAGACACUUUCAAAUUCAUAAGAGACAUGCCUUUUGAGCCUACGAAAGCUAUGUGGGGAUCGUUGCUUGCUGGUUCUAGAGCUCGGGGGAAUUUGAAAUUCAGUGAGUUUGCAGCUUGGAAGCUUGUGGAACUGGAACCAGAGAAUAGUGGUUACUAUGUUGUGCUCUCUAAUCUGUAUGCAGAGAUGGGAAGAUGGAGUGAUGUUGAGAAAGUGCGGAUUAUGAUGAAAGAGAGAGGACUUAUGAAGGACUUGGGUCGUAGUUCUGUGGAGCUUGAACCUCAGGAGCAUGUUUAUGAAUUAUUAGUAGCACAUUAAGUCAUAUGCAUGCGGAGAGAUGAUUAUCCUGUUUGUUUAAUAGAUGUGCCUCUAUGGUCUGAUUUGACCCUGAUGCUCUAAAUAGCUUACUUAAGGGAAGGAAUAAAAACAUCCGCUUCAAAGCUGCGAUCUUUUGGUUGUUGAAUCACAUUAUUUGCUGUCAGUCGAAGCUACACUUUAAUUGAACUUGAUGUGCCUGUUUCAACCUUCUACCUCAGCAUCCCAAUUUUGAUUUCAGUUCAAAGGUAAACACUACUCUAUACUUUUUGUUGAGGAUCUAUAGCCAGCCCCACAUAUUUUGGGACUAAGAUUUGAUUGUUGUUGUUGUACAGUAGGGACUAAUAAUUCAUUUAUAGCAUUGUAUUGGGAUUUUCAGCAACCAGAAUAAUUGGAAAUGUUCAAAUUAGCUCCCUGUUUUCACUUCUCAGUGAGUGAACAGGGCAGUGGGCAAUUAUUUCCACUUAGAGUUGAGGACAAGCUAUUGCUUAUCUAGAAUUUUUUUAUCUUAAGACUCCGGAUAUGUCAAUUCCCUCUAGUUCCUAGUUCAACUAGUUACACUGUAUAAGAAACUACAAUUGUUGAAUUGCAAUUUUCGGCUUUUAAGAGAAUAAGGAUGAAUUGUGCA